AUGUCUCUCUGCCAGAACAAAGACUCAUGCUUCACCCAAGUGCACAUGCACCGCUCUGGUGACGCCGAUCUCUUCGAGGACUUUUGCAAGGACAAGCUCCCCGACGACGAGAUCUACGUGCCGCCUCAGCACCGUCCCAUCAACCCAGAGGACGAGGACGAUGUUGUUCCUGAUCAGCACGCCGCCUUUGGAAUCCAGCGCGCGACGCAGCGUGUCAAAGAGCCCGCGUGGAAGGAUCUGGGCCUGUCGGAUUUGAUGAGACAGGGCCCCGGGCGAGAGAGCAGGGCUGCUGGGCCCAGCAAAGCGUCAAAGGGACUGCCACGGUAA